AUGACAGAUCAACAUGAGAUUGACGCGGUUGCUACUGAUCUUCUAUCGAGUCUGGAAAUAGGUAAUGAGAGCUCCAACGAGGUUGAUACUCUGAUAUGCGACGUUGGCUAUGGAUUCCCUAAAGAAAAGAAACCACGACGUGAAAAAGUAAAUGCAGUGACAAGACAGAUUGUGAACUUUCUAGAAUGGCAGGUAGAGGCAUCGGAGAAUGAUCCCAAUAAACCCCUUGCACUUGUAAAAGUGGUUGGAUGUCACGAUAAUCACACACGAUCAGUGUUGGAGGACAGAACGAAGGCACUUUUAAAAACGGACAAGUUACCAUCGCAUGUGGUAUUCACUUGCAAUUCUUUGGAAGAUGUUUGCAGCCCCGAAAAUAACACCACAACCAAGUACAUCUAUCUCUCGCCGGAUGCGGAAGAGGCAGUAGAUCCGGCAAAGCGCCCGCCAUCCACGGUCAUUAUAGGCAUGCUGAUAGAUCGACGGGUCCAGCCAAAUCGAAGCAGAGACAGGGCAUUAGGCUUGGAUUUCACUCCUCAACGAUGGGCGUUAGGUGAAUGCUUUGCUGAAAUAAACCCAAAAGAGCCUUUGAAUGUGGAUUGCAUUUUGGAAGGGAUGCAACAAUGGUGGUGGAACUGUGAAUCUGGUGUUUCAAAAGAAUCAUUUAUUCAGGCUGCGUCCCAGGCGAUAGAACAUCAUGCAAAACGGCAUCCUUCUAGACCCAUUCAUCUUCCUGCGCAAAGUGAAAAAUGCCACUAG